UCAUCUGUCUGAAUCAUAAACUAAAGUGAAACGCCAAAUGAAGUCGGCAGUUUCAUCGUCACUCUUCUUCCAUUCGAAGAAUCUUUUAAAACCUAAUCCCUUUUCUCGUCUCGAAUCCGUUUUUCUCCCUAAACCAUCACUGAGAUCGAUCGCGAAACUCCCAUCUUCAUCAACAACCUCAGGUCUAAGAUCCAUCUCCUCCUCCUCCAUGGCGUCCUCUUUCAAACCCGAACAAGCUAGAGUCCCCUCCGCUCUUCCCCUCCCAGCUCCUCCGUUGACCAAAUUCAACAUUGGAUUGUGUCAGCUAUCUGUGACUGCUGACAAAUCAAGAAACAUCUCUCACGCCAAGAAGGCUAUUGAAGAAGCUGCUUCCAAGGGAGCUAAGCUUGUUCUCUUGCCCGAGAUUUGGAACAGUCCGUACUCCAAUGAUAGCUUCCCGGUUUACGCGGAAGAGAUUGAUGCUGGUGGUGAUGCUUCUCCUUCAACCGCUAUGCUCUCUGAAGUUUCUAAACGGCUCAAGAUCACUAUCAUUGGUGGCUCUAUUCCGGAAAGAGUUGGUGAUCGUUUGUAUAACACUUGCUGUGUCUUUGGUUCUGAUGGAGUGCUCAAAGCUAAGCAUCGAAAGAUACAUUUAUUUGAUAUAGACAUUCCCGGGAAGAUCACCUUCAUGGAAUCAAAAACUCUCACUGCGGGAGAGACACCAACAAUCGUUGACACAGAUGUGGGGCGUAUUGGAAUAGGCAUCUGCUAUGACAUCCGGUUCCAGGAGCUAGCUAUGAUAUAUGCUGCAAGAGGGGCUCAUUUGCUGUGCUAUCCAGGAGCAUUUAACAUGACAACUGGACCUCUCCAUUGGGAACUACUACAAAGAGCAAGGGCUACGGAUAAUCAGUUAUAUGUGGCGACAUGCUCACCUGCCAGAGAUUCAGGAGCUGGCUACACUGCUUGGGGACACUCUACACUCAUUGGGCCUUUUGGAGAAGUUCUAGCUACGACUGAGCAUGAGGAAGCAAUCAUCAUAGCAGAGAUUGAUUACUCUAUCCUUGAACAACGAAGGACAAGUCUUCCACUGAAUAAACAGCGGAGGGGAGAUCUUUACCAGCUCGUAGACGUGCAGCGCCUGAACUCUAAAUGAAUGCAUCAGAGUGUGUGUGUUUUCUUGGUUACGUGCAACUUGCUAGAGAUGAAAUAAAUAAAAACUUGAUGUUUGUGUUUAAAUUAAUCGAAAUAAAUGACUUGUUCUCAAAGUUA